AUGGCGUCAGCUUUCUACUGCAUUGUGCUCAUCUGUUUGACCAGUGGACUUUGGAUGGAGGCAGAGAAAUCUUGCAAUGACCUGGGAGGUAAUCUGGCUUCUAUCCAAACUCAAGCUGAAUACGUAUUCAUCAGAAAGUUGGUGAAAACGGCAACAGGCACAGAUAAAUUAACUUGGGUUGGAGGCUAUGAUGCUGUCAAGGAGGGUGUGUGGCUGUGGAGCGAUGGCACUAAGUUUAGCUACACCGGCUGGACAAAGGGGGAGCCAAAUAAUUCCGGUGGAAAGGAAAAUUGCAUGGACAUAAAUUUUAGAGACUGUGGAAAGCAGCUGACUAUCAACAGCAGGGUCGCAGGAUCAACGACCGGAUAA